AUGAAUUUUGAUAGUAUGAAUAGAACAUUUGGUGGAUAUAAUGUAGAUGAUACAAAUGAAGGUGGUUUUGUAAUGAUGGAUCCUAAUGAUACUUUACUUCAGGGAAAUUUUGAUAGGAAACCAAUAAUAAGCCAUGAACAAAGAUUAGCACCGUUAAAAGUUGGAAUGAUCCUGAAAUCUUAUAGUGGUUUCAUUACCAAUAGUAGAUUGCAAUUACUAAAUAGGGAAAUAAAUUUAUUCAAAUUAGUCGGAUUUGUCCGUUGUGCAGAGCAUGAAGAAUAUCCACAGAGAGUUCGUUUUUAUUUAGACGAUGGAUCUGGAUUAAUCUUAAUUGAUUGGUUAAUUGACAAUACAGGUACGAAUUAUAAACAAGAACUAAUAAAUUCCAUUACUGAAGGAUGUUUUGUAAAGGUAUAUGGUGAACUUACACUAAUGGUUUCUGAACCAUCUGUUCGGGCAUUUGUUGUUAGGCCUCUUGUAUGUACAGAUGAAAUAUCUGCUCAUGAUAUUGAUGUUGCAGUAUUUAUUGUUAGAUGUUUGUAUGGAUCUUCUACUGAAGACACAACUGUAGCAAAUACAUCAUUUCUAACAAAACAAACUGGACAGAAUUUAGGUGAAUUUAAUACAAAUAAUAAUUUAAAACAACCUGUAGUACCAGCAAUAUUCAUAUCUAAUAUUCAAUCUAAUAAUAAUAAUAAUAAUAACAAUAUACAAUCUAGUGGUAUAAUGAACAAUCAGAGUAAUAAUCAAAAUAUCUCAAUGAAUAGACCAUUAGCUGCAGUCACAUCAGUAAUUACCCCAAAAACUCAAUUUUCUAAUGGAUCCAACUUAUCUAUAAUGAACCCACUGAAAAUGAGGGAAGUCGUAUGUUCCAUACUAGAAAAUGCCUCUAAUGAAGGGCAACCAGAGAUGUCUCUGGAAGAUAUUAUUGAAAGUUUGAAUAAAAGAAACAUAACUACGACACAAGAUGAAGUUAGGGGACACCUAAAGAACCUAGUUGGUGAAGCAAAAGUGUAUCAGACAAAUCCUUAUAAGUGGAGAGCAACUGGUUAUUAA